AUGUCCACUCUACAUGAAUUUGAUUAUGAACCUGAAUCAAUUGAUUCUUUUAAUCCAUUAAUUAAUCAAUCAAAUCAAUCAAUUAAUCAAAUUGAUAAUAUGUAUGAAUUAUUAUUACAAAAUAAUAAUAACAAUGAUCAAGAUGAUCAAUCUUCAAUCAAUUCAAUGAAUUUUGAUAAUUAUAAAUAUUCUUUCCCAAAUUCAAGUGUUUCAUCAAUCAUUCCAAAUAACAAUACAACCACCACAAUUAAUCCAAAAAAAUUAAAUUCAAGAACAAAUUCAAUUGAUAUAAAUUUUAAUUUAAAUUUAAAUGAUGAAGGUCCAUUAGAUCAAAAUGAUAAUAACAAGUCAAAUUGGUUAAUGAAUGAAGAAUUUAAAAAUGCAAUUGCAACUUGGAUAAAUCAAAAUGAAAAAUCAAAUACCACCACUACUAAAAAAUCAAAAUCAAAUUCAAUAUCAUAUCCUUCUCUAAAUUAUCAAAAAACUUCAAUAACAAAAAGAAGAAAAUCAGAUUCAAUCAUACCACAAUUCCCAACAACUUCAUCAUCAUCAUCAUCAUCAACUCCUUCAUCAUCAUCUUCAUUAAUUCCUGAAACUUCAUCAAUCAUAUCAAUAAACCAAGAAUUUAAUGAAUUAGAUGAAGAUGCAAAACCUUUUAAAUGUGAAGAAUGUCCUAAAGCUUUUAGAAGAUCUGAACAUUUAAAAAGACAUUUUAGAUCAGUUCAUUCAAAUAUUAGACCAUUUCCUUGUAAAUUUUGUGAAAAAAAAUUUAGUAGAAGUGAUAAUUUAGCUCAACAUUUGAGGACUCAUAAACAUUAA